AUGCCAUCCAAGAACUCUAUCAAUAGGCCAAAACAGCAGGUCAACCUUAAUAGGAAAGUGCACUCGUUAGCGAGGAAGAGAGAUGCCAUGGACCGUGCGGGUCUUUUGAAGCCAGCCAGGUCUUCUGGAGAGUCCAAGUCUGGAUUGGCAAGGUCCAUUCCCGUUGACCUGUACAGAGGAGAGAAGCAAUCCGCCGGCCCCAUCACUACCAAAACCUUGUCGAAGAAAAGAGCCAAAAAAAUCGAAAGAAAUAUAAAGUACGCUGAGCAAAGGAAGCUUCUAGUGGACGUUCAAAAGAAGACCGACGAUUCUAUGGAUCUAGACAUGGACAGCAAAAAGCCAGCGUCCGCGCCAAAAAGUCAGCUAGAAAGGGUCAAGGCCGCGCUGUUCAAGGCCAUGGAUGACACGGCAAGUAACGGCUUGGUGUUGGACGCCGGUGCAGGCACUACUCUAGGAGGUCCUUUUUUUCCAUGA